ACCUCGCCAUCUACCUUCCACUUCUCCAACCUUUUCUUUUUCUCUGAUUUUUUUUCUUUUCUCACUUUCUCGCUGUCCAAACAAGAAAAAGAAAAUGGGAAGGGACGAUUUAUACAUUACGGUUCCAAGUUUUUUCCGGUGCCCGAUAUCGUUGGAUGUGAUGAAAUCUCCGGUGAGCUUGUGCACGGGCGUAACAUACGACCGAGCCAGCAUCCAACGGUGGCUAGACGACGGCAACAACACGUGUCCGGCCACAAUGCAAGUUCUCAAAACGAAAGAACUCGUCCCGAAUCGGAAUUUACAGCGUCUCAUCCAGAUCUGGUUCGACUCUGUCGCUCGCCGCCAGCUCGACGCCGUCUCGGGACCCAAAUCAGUCUUCGUUCCCUCUCGAAAUCAGGUCAAACUCUUGAUCAAACAUCUAGACAACAACAAUUGCUUUUCCUCGUUAACGAAGAUCCUUCACUUCGCGAAAGAAUCAGAUGAAAAUCGCCAAUUCCUUGCGAGAAUCGACUGUUUUUUCAACAAAGUGUUCGAUUUCAUGAGGAAUGAGGAAUUCGAUUUCAAGUUAGUCGAAAAAGUUGUUAAGCUUUUGGAUUUGAUGUCAAAUAACGUUUCCGAUAAGAAGCCAUUGUUGGAAACGAAUUGCUUGUCGACAAUUCUUCUGGUUUUACAGAGAGGGAAUUCAGAUUCACAAAUUCAAGCGGUCCGAUUACUGGAAUCCGUAGCUAUCGAUGAAGAAUCCAAGCUCAAAAUAGCUCACAAAGAGGGAUUGAUCCCCGAAUUGGUGAAAUCUUUGAGGAAAGAGAAGAACCCAAGAUUGAUCGAAGCGAGCUUAUCUUGUUUGAUCGCAAUCACAACUCCAAAACGCGUAAAAAUCAAACUAAUCCAACACCGAACAAUCCCAGAACUGAAGAACCUUUUAUCCCAGCCAAACACCACCAUUCCGAUAACCGAGAAGUCACUGAAGCUACUGGAAGCGUUAUCGACGUGCAAAGAAGAGAGAGCGGCGGAGAUAUGGCGGGACACGGUGUUGUUACAAAGGGUCGUUGAGAAAGUGAUGAAAGUGUCGAGCAAUGCGACGGAGCACUCGGUGGCAAUACUUUGGAGCGGUUGUUAUUUGUUCAGAGAGCGGAAAGCGCGAGAAGCGGUGGCGGGCGGUGGCAAUGGGAUGAUGAUGACCAAGUUGUUGUUGUUGAUGCAGAGUAAUUGUUCGCCGGCGGUUAGGCAAAUGUCGGCCGAUUUACUCAAGAUAUUUCGGGUUAGUUCGAAGCUUUGUUUAUCGAGUUAUAAUACUAAGACUACUCAUAUUAUGCCGUUUUGAAGAAUUUUCCCGGGAAAAUGAAAACCCAGGUUUGUAAAUCGAAGCGAAACUUUUCAUACCAAAAUUUUUGUAUUCACUGUUACUUUUGAAAUCAGUUGGUCUGAAAUCAUGAGAAGCUGAAAAUUGAUUUGAUGUUAAACUGGGAAAAGGACAAAGCAGGGGC